CCCACCGCUAUGGAUGGCAUGGAGCGUUUUGCAUGUCCGACACCGGAUUUGCAAGGUCGAUAUCGUUGCAUAGACGAUCAUGUACUGUGUGAUGGUUUCCUUGAUUGUCCCGAGGGUGAGGAUGAGGAUAGAAGAUCGUGUAUGUUCUACAAAACGACGAAAGCCCAUCUCGAUGUGCUGGCGGAUGCGUUACUGCGAUGGGCCCGAGGCCGCUAGGUUUAUUAAGAGCAACACACACACACACAAUCUUCAACUAAUAACCUAACAAAACAAAAGCACAGUUAUUAAAUGAAUUAUCCUCCGCCAAUCAUUAAAUAUAAAUAAACUAAAGACAAAAAAAAACUAUUACAAACAAAUUGAAACUGUAUAACUAAACUGAAAGAAAGCAAAACAUAAGAAGGGAUAUGGGAAUGGAACUUACAAAGAUCCUGUGCAAUAAAAGUAUACAUACUCUUUGAAAGCAGUUACAACAACAGCAACAGCCGACAAAUAGUUUAAACUAACAAAAUCAGGUAAUAUGCUUAACAAAACCAAGACAACAGCUUUUCAUUUCAAAAUUUCCUAAAAAAAACAAAACACAGACACUUUUAACAGCAACAACAAUAACAACAAACAAGAGUAUGUAUGUAAAAAGUAACAGUUUAAAUAUAUAAUAAAUAUUAAA